ACAGCUUGACCCGCUGCAGGUCUCACAUCCUAAACACUCACGAGCAGGGAACACCUCCUCUGGUCCAUGUCCAGACCCUCACAACCUGACAUUACGCACGCACUAACCUGCUCUUGUCUCCAAAACUUGAAGAAUUGAACCCUUUGCUGAGAACAAUACUGGACGUUAUAUAGAUUGGUUGUUCUGCGCGGCGCUCUAUAAAGUUUGAAGUCGCCUUAGCACGUUGUUGGAAUUGCGAAUCACCUAACGCGGACACCGACGGUUCUGAAGAGCAGGAUUUCAGCAUGGAUACAGCGAGGGACUCGAGCGGGGAGAGUAAGCCGGGGUGCCAGUUUGCGCCCAGGUCCGGACUCCGACAGUGGCUGCCAGGGUUGCCCAUCGCUCUGUGUUUGCUGUUGUCCAUGAGCUCCAUCGCGGUGUGUCUUUUGAUGAGCGUGAAGACGUUCCAGCUGGAGAGCCGGCUGCAGACGGAGAUGGACAAAAUCUCAAUCCUCCAGCCGUCGCACAGCGCGUUUCUGAAGGAGGAUGGCACCCUGAUUCCCGAGCUGAGCACCCCGAUUGAAAAGCUCGUUGAAGAGAAACUAACGGUGAUCCCCAAACUCCGAUCAGCCAGGGACGUCGCUCAGGAAUGCUCCUGUCCCCCAGGUCCGCCAGGAAAACGAGGACGGAUGGGAAGACGAGGAGAUCCCGGACAGCCUGGCAAGGCCGGACGAGAUGGAUACCCGGUAAAUUAAAUGAUUGGCUAACAU